AUGGCUUCGAGAGCUACGACAAGCGCGGAGACGCGCGAGACGCCCAAGCGCCCUCGCGAGAGCUCUGACGCGGAUCCGCCAAAGCGCCCUCGCGAGAGCUCUGACGCGGAUCCGCCAAAGCGCCCUCGCGAGGCAGCGCCUGCAGCGCCUACGCCUCCUGCGGCGCCGAGCGACGAGAUCAUCGCCGCUGCGCCCAAACUUGCGGCGGCCAUUCGGUCGGCGGCCAAGGCGGAGAGGGUCGCGGAGAAGGUCGCUUCGCUCUUCGAGGAGGGACUGGUCAAGCCGUUCAACGCCGGCGCCUUGUUUGGGGUGCUCUCUGCUGCCAUCGAGGACCCGGCGCGCUGGCGCAAGCCGUCGAAUCGGGGAGCCUUCCGCAAGCUGUUCAGCGCGGCGGCGUCCAGGCCAGUCCUCUUCUCGCUGCCGCAGCAGCAGCAGAUCAAGGUGUGGAGGCUGCGCGUGGUGACGCAGAUUGACCUCCUCUCCUCAGCUCCAGAAGGAGGCUUCCUCGAGGUUGCGACGCUGCUCCGUCGCCUCCCGUGCGACGACCCUGAGAACGAGCCUCGCUCGACUGCGCAGCCAGGCUACUCGCACCUCCUCUCGGGCGCUCGGACCGACUACCUGCCGGAGCGGACGCGCGGCGCGUGGUGCGACGCCCUCCUCGAGUGCCUCGACGUUGCCGUCUCGAGGUUCGCGGGGCCGAACCUGUGGGCACGCCCCGAGGUCAACACGCUCGUCAAACUGGCAGCGGAGCGCAGACGUUGUUUCACGCGACCGCAGCAGGAGGUGCUCGACGGCUGGGAGGGCCAGCGCCAGGCGCACCCUGCGACGCGGGCCCUGGAUUACGCAAAGCACCUGCAAGAUAAGCCCGUGCUCUGA